GCCGAUCACGAAGAGGAGAAAGGUUAUGCGUGUCCGUGUUCGAGUUUUCUUCGCCUGACCCCUUUAAUGGCACGCCAAGUGUAAUUCCUAAACCCCUUCCCCCAAAACGAAAGGACACGAGUAGAUAAGUGCUUGUACGAGAUCAUAUAUAUUAUCUACUGAAGUUGCCCCCAAACGUGGAUCUGAUGAUAUUUCGUCAAAAUUGUGAAUUUCUAGGUGCUAAAAUGUGGUGAUGUCAGUUUGGAAGAGAAAAGCAGUAACAAGCUAGAAGAGAGGCUGAUUGAUUGAUCUCUUGGUGUUUUGCGAUCUUUCCAAAGUUAGUGAAUUGUGAGUGAUCAUUUUUCGGUGUAUCGAGGAUGUAUCGCUGGAGGGAGCUACCCACGGGAAAUUAGAGCGGAUCACACAGGAACAUGGUGAAGUGGUGGAGGGGUUAAGCACCACAUUCGCCCCUUCCCCCUUUCCGGCGUUUUGCGAGCAUUAGGGGGGUGCAAGCGAAGCCAGCAGCACCCCGCCCGUACGCAAAAGAAACACCCCUUCCCCCCCAUUAAAAAAAAAUUGGUCGAAGCCACCGAUGGCGUUCUUCGGCGCAAGACGAGGGGGGCCAUCCAGAAUGAGUAUCGUGCUUUCUCUGAUCGUGGCUUUGGUCGUGCAGUCGGGGACGUGUGGACCUGCGCGAAAUGAUGACUACGAUUACGAUAUCAUGGAUGGCAGUGGCAGCGAUUUCGAUGACAACCAGGCAAAGAAACUGCAUUCUUCGUACCAACACAACAGAAAAGCUGUCGUUGGGAGCACAGUUCGAUUCAAGUGCUAUCCACGGGAUACGGAGGACUCCAUUCCCAACAUAACUCCAAGUUGGUUCAUUAAUGACAAACCACUUCACCUUAUCCAAGACCCAAGAAUCACUGCUGUUAAUAGGUCAGGCCCUCGCCUUCGCAUAAAACCGGUUACUUUGGAGGACAAGGGGACGUACUCCUGUAGGUGGCAGUCAUCUAAUCAACAUUAUGGAUGGGUCAACUAUACCUUAGAAAUAGAAGAAAACCCAGGACCUGCAAUUCCUCAGUUCCUUGAGAAUUUUCGACAUCUGCCCAAUGCCUUGCAGGCUUUGCAUGCUGACAACAAGAUACUUGAAGAUGACCCUAGAGAGCAGAGCCACGACCAGAAUAUGCCUUUCUUUACGAAGGAUCUCAAACCGCUGAUGAUCAAGCCAGCAGGAAAUGUUGCAGAAUUGAAGUGCCAAGCUCGAGGGCCAAAUCUCACUUUUACUUGGCUAAAGGAUGGAGAAAAGCCUGCAAGACAGUUAGGCGAUGUAAGAAUCAAGGGAGCAAUGUUGAAGAUGGAGAAUUUAGUUCCAACAGACUCUGGGAACUAUACUUGUGUGGUAUCCAAUCAGUAUGGCUCAAUCAACCAUACAUACAGCCUGGAAGUGAUUGAACAUAUCCCUUCAAGGCCAAUCUUCACCAAGCAUUUGGAAAAUAAGACGGUUACUAGAGGGAGCACUGUCAGCCUUGAAGUGGGAAUAUGGAAGGAGAACACCUUAAUGCCAUUCAUUGUGUGGCGAAAAGAUUUGCCAUUCACAUGGCAUGAAACUGAAAUGGGGGAUUCUGUAAUUGAUAUUGACAAGAAGGCUAUUGAUGCUGCCUUAGUUAGCCAGGAGGGUGGCAAUAUUACAAGUUCAGAUGAUCCCCAAGUAUUAGUUUUGACCAAUGUGACAGAGGAAGAUGCUGGAUGGUACACCUGCAUUGCAGCAAAUAGUUUGGGAACGUCGACAUCAACAGCUUACUUGAACAUAACAGAUGCAGAGCCCUUAGUUGCUCUUCCAAAGGAGUCACAAUUGGUCCCAGUUAUGGGUGCUGUUCUCCUCAUCAUAAUGCUUGGUGUUGCCUUAGUAGCAAUUUGUGUGUGGAAGAAGUGGCAGAAAGAAAAGAGACGAGCCACAGAACUAGAAAGAGCUAAAGAAGUCAUUACUCAGCAGUGGAUCAAAAAGGUGAUAGUGGAACGGCAAAAUUCUGAUGCCUCUCAAGAACCACUACUUGUGCCGACAGUAAAAAUAGAGCGUUGUCAGUCAAGAUCUCGACUCGGGUCAGAAAUGACAAGUAUAUCAGAGUACGAACUGCCUCUAGAUGCUGAUUGGGAAUUACCACGAUCUAGACUUAUACUUGGCGAGUCACUUGGUGAAGGAGCCUUUGGAAAAGUUGUGAGAGCUGAUGUACAGGGCUUGCACAGACCAGAUAUCAUUACUACUGUAGCAGUAAAAAUGCUGAAAGAAGGCCAUACUGACGCUGAGCUUAUGGACCUAGUGUCAGAAAUGGAAAUGAUGAAGAUGAUUGGAAUUCAUAUUAACAUUAUCAACUUACUGGGUUGCUGUACUCAAGAUGGCCCUUUGUAUGUGAUUGUUGAGUAUGCGGCCCAUGGGAACUUGCGAGAUUAUCUCCGCAAUAACAGGCCAUCUUCAGGUUAUGAGCGUGCCAUUGGACAAGAACCUGAUGCUCUGACACAGAAAGAUUUAGUCAGUUUUGCUUACCAGGUUGCACGUGGCAUGGAAUACCUUGCAUCAAAAAAGUGCAUUCAUCGUGAUCUUGCUGCUCGUAACGUUCUAGUCAGUGAAGACCGCAUCAUGAAAAUUGCUGACUUUGGCUUGGCACGUGACAUUCACAGUCAAGAUUACUACCGAAAGACAAGUGAUGGACGGUUGCCUGUGAAAUGGAUGGCUCCAGAAGCUCUCUUCCAUCGUGUGUAUACCUCUCAGUCUGAUGUAUGGGCAUUUGGCAUCCUUCUUUGGGAAAUAAUGACUCUUGGUGGAACACCAUACCCUUCUGUGCCAUCAGUGGAGAAGCUAUUCCAGCUUUUAAGAGAAGGACAUCGAAUGGAAAAGCCAACCAAUUGUUCACUUGAAAUAUACAUGAUCAUGCGUGAAUGUUGGCGUUACCAACCAAAUCAGCGACCAACAUUCAAGGAACUUGUUGAAGACUUGGAUCGUAUUCUUACAUUAUCAUCAACAGUGGAAUAUCUGGAUCUCUCCAUGCCUCAUUUGGACACACCACCUUGCACCUGUGAUUCAUCUCUAACGUCCGAAGCAAUUACACGUUAAAGUCUGACAUAAAUUUGUCAGGAAGCAGAACAAACUUAAUAGCAGAUAAAAUCCAAAGACUUUCAGAAGUAGCUUGACUGUGUAAAGCUCUUGAUAUUGGAUUGGAUACUGCAUAGAGGUUUAUGGUCAACCAUGAGCCAUUCAGUGUUGACAAGAAAGAACAAAAAUGUUUUUCAAACAUUUUUGUUUGAAAAAGUUAGUACAUAUAAAAGUUACUGUGUAUGCUGCAUCAUGGUAGAUUUGCCAGUUGUAGUAAAUGAACUUGUGCAUAGUGCAAGCAAAGAUAACUACAGAAAUAGUGUUCAGAUGAAGUGUGUAAACUUGAAAUGAGUGAACACAAAAGAAAGACAGUAUAUUUUUCUUGUAAGUGAAAAGUUUGUGGGUGUUUCUUACACACUGUUAAAAAGCCAGUACCAAAAUGAACUUGGAAGGUGAAGUAGAAAUGUUACCUGUUCUAUUCACAGCUUCAGUCAUGAUACAGAUUUGAGUGCUAGUAACUGCAGUCAUAGCUCUUAAGAGGUAAAAUUAAAGUGCAAAUGAGGAAUGUUUGCAGUUCUAUCUUCAGGUAGAUUAUUUUAUUUUUUUAGAAAAACAGAUAUGCUCUCAAAAGUGAUACAGAAAAUUAAUUUCUUCAUUUGUUUUAAUGGUGCUUAUUUUAUAAAUCCAACACAAGGGAUUUAUAAAAGGAUAUUUAUAUUCUUAAUUUCCUACAUUGUAAUACAUUUCAAAGUCUAUUACUGGUAAUGUAGGAAAAGUGCCAUAUUUCCCUCUCCCCAUGUUUUUGUCAUGGAAGUAAAUCAUUUUCCAUUCAUCAAGGUGACAAAUUAAAAAGCAAAGCAACUGUGUCGUAAAUAUACAGGAAUCUGAUAAAUGAUUAGGUGUGUAUAAUGUUAUGUGGCGUUAUCUGUAUUAAGAUCAUGUGUGACAGCUAUUGUCUCAGGGGCAACUUAGAAAAAGAUUGGUCAACUGACUUUGACAAGGGCAUCAACAAGGCUCCUUUGUGCAGUAUGAUGAAAUUCUUGGAAUUUUCUUCAGAAACUUUAGGAAUCACAGCAGAACAUAAAGGAUACUUCACCAUGUCAGUUUCAAGAUGAGAUGAGGCUCAGACCAUAAUGCCAGUCUACUUACUUGACACCUGAGAGGAGUACAGGAAUGCUAGUUAAGGAGAUAUUAACUACAGAAUUAGUAGUACCAGACUUGCAUUUAUACGUGAUUGUUUAUGCAUAUGCGAGACCAUGGGAAAGUAAAUUUUGUCAGUCAUAAAUUGUCAGCCAGUUGAGUACUAGAUGUGUUUUGCCAAGUUCUAGAACUUUUCCAUUAAUUUUUGUGUAAAUUACACAAAACCAGAAAAUAUAGCUUGGCCAUGACUCCAGUCCUGUACUAUAAUGUUAUUGGGAUAUUACAUAACAGUACAUUGGGGGCAUUUGAACAUUUUAAUUUGGUUUAAAUGCUUUCACAUAAAAAAAACUAAAAAUUUUUAACCUCCUGAAAUUAUCAACUUUGAAUUUGUUUGAACAAUAUGAUCAAAGUAGGUAAUUAUUUUCAGAGUUAGGCUUUGAACAUAGUGACAAACAAGAAUUUACAAUGCAUUCGUUAUUAAGUACUUGUCGAUGUGAUGAAUUUCAUAGAUUUAACUCGGUAAAGGAUCAAGUUAGUAUUGCAUUUAGAGAAAGGUAUGUUACCUCACAAUCAUUACUUGAUUACAUGAAUAAAGAGGAACAUCUUAAAUUCCUAUAGUUUCUCAUGGUUACAUUUAGUGGGGUUGUUUGAGGUCUGGUAUAAUUUGAAAUUGUUAAAAUUAUUGUAAAACAGGCCCACCUGGCUAGAUAAAGGUUUUUUCAUAUUUGGAUGGAUCACAAUGGUGCUAAUAGUGUUUAGGUUUCUCCAGAUGUCAAAUGUGUUUUCUACAAGGAACACCUUUUUAUCAAGAUUUUGUUCACUAGUUACUAUGCAACAGCAUUUCACGUCAAAUAAUGAAGGGCGGAGGCAGUAUUUAUUCAAGGACAGAUCACACUUUUUUCUGUGAAACUGCAUAAUAGCACAUAUAGGCAAAUAAGAUGUUUAUUAGAGAAAAAGCCAAGCAAUUACUAAAAUCCCACAGCAAAAUUUAUGUCUACUUUUUAUGUAUUAGACUAUGAAUGUUUCUUUUUCAGUAGUUACCAUAUUAAUGUGUUAAGUGUCAUAGUGCAGUUGAUGUCACUGUAAAAAUAUGUAUUGCAUUGCAAUUGAUAUUGGAAAUUACAGGGGAACCUGUCAUUGCAUCUAUUGUAUCCACUCAAUUCUUUGUUCUGUAUUACCAAAAAAUCUAAUGUUUAUUAACAAAAAUAUUGGACACAUCAGCUAAUUUGUUUCACACAACAGAAAGUACUGUACUUACUUUUUUUACAAACAGGUAGUUCAGAAAGUACUUAAUUUUUUUGUAAGGUUACUCUAAAGACUUUAUCUGUAACUUUUUUUUUUUUGAAAGAAACAUUUUCUUUCAUUAUAUUAAAUACCUAUGAGUACUGGCUAUUCAGGAUAUUGGGUCUGAUUUCUAUCUACCCUUCUUCCCAUAGGUUCUCAUGUCCUAGUCACUUACUGUUCAACUGUGCUUAUGAAAGAGAGCAAUGCUGAGAUACUUUUACCAUCAGUGUCAAGGUACUGAAUUAUCAUUCCUGAAGAAAUGGUGUCAUCUGAAUGAUCUUUUUAGAUUGAAGAUUUAUCACAAUUCAUCUCCAGCUAAAUUGCUUAGGUAACAAAUUGUAUGUUAUUUUGAUUGUAUUGUAUAUCCCCCAAAAAUAAUUGAUGAAACAUAUAUCACCACCACUAAUGUGUAUUCUAUUAAGUUUAAUGCUCUUAAAUCAUGUGCAAUAAAAGAAUAGGUGCCGCCUUUAUUUCACUUUUGCAUCGAUGGUAGAGGUAUUUAAAGUAUUUGCUAAAUCCUUCAGCUGCACAGUGCUUAAUGUGCCAAGUGUCGAGUUAUGCCAAAGGCUUACAUAUGUAACUGCAUCAGUAUUGAAUAAGAUAUCGAGAUAGCACCUCAGAUCUGACAUAUAUAUAUGUGUGAAGACAUGAAAAAUGUUUGUAAAUGCAAUACUAUAUAAUUUUAUUUAAUAUUUUUUUAUAGUAUACAGUUUAUGUUAUUAUUAAGAAUUGCACAAAAUCCAUUUUUCAACCUUCAGUGACUUUGGUUGCCAAAAUUAGAUUUUUCCUAUAGAUAUUUGCAUAUUUACAGCAUUUCUUAUGUUGGACACCUGCCUUUUUGCAUUUGAAGAUAAUCGUCAGUGAUUAACUCAGAUGCCAAGCAUAGUGGUUUAAGUCAUGUAAAUAAGAUUUUGUAUAGUUUCUUCUAAUAUGAAAAAUGCAGGUUGGUGUGUAUUUGAUACUGAUGCAUAUAGAUAAAUAUAGUCAUUAACUUUAUGUACUUAUAAGUUCUAAACAUUGGAAAAGUUAUGUUUUAAACUUUUCAUUAUAGAACAAAAAGGAGAAUUGUUAUAUUUUCCUCAUUACAAUUCAUGGAGAAUUUUUUUUUUUAUUUAUUACAGGGAUAGGCUAGAUCCAGCAGAGUCCUGCACUGAAUGAACUAUAGGUAUAGUUAAGAGGCUGUCCCACUCUUGUAGAUACUGUAUUUCAUUUUGAAAUGGUGGCUUUAGUUUUAUAACAAACUACUAUAUGUACAGAUAUGAAAUUAUCACACUAAAUAAAUCGUUGUUGUCACAAC